GCAAUAUUCCAUCCGGAGUUCCUUAGUUCCACCAAUCCCCUUCUGCCAAUGGACUACGAAGAAUUUGUCCGUGGUUGUCACUUGGGUGUCUUCCCCUCCUACUACGAACCCUGGGGUUACACGCCAGCCGAAUGUACCGUUAUGGGUAUCCCAUCAGUGACAACAAACCUUUCGGGCUUUGGAUGCUUUAUGGAGGAACACAUUGAAGACCCUUCAUCCUAUGGCAUUUACAUUGUCGAUCGUCGCUUCCAGAAUGUAGACGCCUCAGUAGAACAAUUAACCAGGUACUUGUUCGAAUUCUGCAACUACUCUCGCCGACAGCGCGUUAUCCUGCGAAAUCGAACGGAGCGUCUAAGUGAACUAUUGGACUGGAAAAAUCUGAGUACUUACUACACCCGAGCGAGAUUGAUUGCCCUCUAUCGUCAACGUCCGGAGCUCUUUACACUAGAGAUUCCAAAGGCCGAUGAAAAUGCUGCAGAUACUGGUUCCCAAAAGAGCUUCCGUAUGUACCGACCCUACUCAGCUCCACCAUCACCCAGCGCCUCCGGCCGUUCCAGUCCAAACCGCAUAUCCGGUCAGAGUACACCGUCGCAGCUUGAAGAAGACGAAGUGGACGAGAAUACGGAACGUCUAGAACUGGGCCUCCAAAUGGUCUCCAUCAAUGCUAACAACGAGGAGAAGGAGGAUGAAAAUCAAUAG